AAAUGGGAUGCGAGAGGAAUAACAUUCCUUAAGUGCAAGGGUAAUAUUUUUGUAUCAAUCGGCAAGUGACUCCCAAGUGGGCUCUGGCUGAUGCUCCUCCACUUUGCAGUUCUUUAUUCUCCUGGGCUUGACAGGUCUUCUGAAGGUUUUGAGCCAUGCCUACUAAGGGUUUACCAUUUCACCAGCGGAAGCACAAGCAUUUUUCCUAUGAUUAUCGCAGCACUGAAGCGAAAUAUGUUGCCCAGAAGUACUCAAGAAAAACAAGCUCUAAAAAAAUACAGAGCCACCACCAGGCCACAGCUCAAGCUUCCCAGUCCAUCCAACCUGCAAAGGAGGAGCCAGCCUACAACGUGCCCACAUUUAGGCAGAGAACUGGGGAAGAGAAAGAAGUGGACGAGUUUGAACGCUGUGCCAUCCACUGUGGAAGAGUAUUAUCCGAGUUGCAGUACGAGGUGCAUCUGAUGCGAGAAUCGGCUCAUCGGGAAGUGGAAAGCAUAGAGAUUAAGAGAGAGGCCGAAAUGAUGUCUGUCAAGAAGUACUAUCAUGAGGAAGUGGGGAAGAGUCCUGAUUUCCUGAUGACUUUGAGGUCCCAUACCGUGUGGGAGAAGUUGCCUGUAAAGCUGUUCUGCACUGUAGAGGGGCACCCCAUCCCUGUUGUGAAAUGGCUUAAGGAUGGCAUUGUCAUUGACCGACUCAAGGCCCCUGGAAAAUACAUAAUGGAGAGCAAGUAUGGAGUACAUAGUCUGGUGAUAAGCAGGUGUGGGAUUUCUGAUUCUGGUCAAUAUUCAGCUGUGGCCACGAAUUUGCAUGGUACUGCUACCACCAGUGCCUCUGUGGUCGUUAAGAGGGCUGUAGGGAAUGAGGAGCCAACCCCGCCCUUACUGUUCCCUUGCCAGGUUCCCCCAUUGUCCAACAUACAACAUACCAAACUUGACAUCACCUUUGUGGAAAAGUUUGGGGUGACAUUUGGAUCUGAAGGGGACACGGUUAGCCUGAUUUGCAAGAUGGUUGUGAACCCUGACCUUGCAAAUCUUCAGCCAGAGAUUAUGUGGUACAGAGAUGAUCACCUCCUGACGGAAUCAAAGUGGGUUGAGAUGAAAUUUGGUGGGGGCACUGCCCAGCUGACUCUACCUCACCUCAAUAAGGAUGAUGAGGGCUUGUAUACCCUCCGCAUGUGGACUAAAAGUGGAACUACUGAACACAGUGCAUAUCUCUUUGUGAAAGAUGCAGCUCCUCUCGUGGCUGGGGCCCCCGGUGCUCCUAUGGACAUCAAGGUUCUUGAUGCCAACCAAGAUUAUGUCUUCCUUACCUGGAAAGCUCCCAACACCACCACUGAGGGGCCAAUCACCGGAUACUUUGUUGACAGACGUGAAUCUGGAACUGAGGUCUGGGUGCAAUGCAAUGAUUCUCCUGUUAAGAUCUGCAAAUACCCAGUGCACGGUUUGUCCAUGGGCCUCUCCUAUCACUUCCGCGUGCGUGCUGUGAACAGUGCAGGCAUCAGCAGGCCUUCAAGAAGCACUGAUAAAGUAGCUGCCCUGGAUCCGACUGAUGAAGAACGACGGCAAGUAAUCAAGCUGGGUGGACAUCGUGAAAUUGUUCUUCACCAAGAUGACCUGGAAGGCCAUGUGAAGAUACCUGGACCUCCCACCAAUGUCCAUGCUUCAGAAAUAAGCAAUUCAUUUGUAGUGAUUAGCUGGGACCCACCCCAUCCCCGUGGACGGGAACCAGUAUUGUACCUCAUAGAGAAGUCCGUGGUUGGCAGUGAUGCUUGGCAGAGACUGAACACUGGGGUGGCACUGAAAUCCCCUCGCUACCCUGUGUUUGACUUGGAAAGCAGUAAACAGUAUCUGUUCCGUGUGUACACCGUAAACAAAUAUGGUACAAGUGAGGCCUCUGUGCCCACAGGACCUAUCAAGAAGGAAGACCCACACAGUAGUGAAAGUCCAUAUGGUGUCCCAUCAGCCCCAGGUCAAGUUGUGGCCACAAGGAACACAAAAUCAUCAGCAUUUGUACAAUGGGAUCCCCCGAAAAAUCCCAGCAAUCUCAUUGGCUACUACAUUGAUGCCUGUGUAGUUGGAACAAAGGCAUGGAUACCAUGUAACCACAAACCAUAUAAACACACCAGGUUUGUAGUCCAUGGAUUGACUGGUGGAGAGGCCUAUGUCUUCCGUGUACAAGCUGUCAAUGACUUUGGGCUCAGUGAUGAAUCCCAGGAGUCUGCUCCUCUCUUGGUAGAAGCUGCCAUAAAAAAAGGAAUCAAGAUUGCUGUCCCCUCCUCCCCUUAUGGCAUCACACUGUUGUCUUGUGACGGUGCCUCCAUGACUCUGGGUUGGAAACAUCCAAAGUACUCUGGUGGCUCCAAAGUAAAUGCCUACUACAUUGACCAGCGUGAGGCGACCAGCUUGCACUGGAGUGAGGUCAAUGUGCCACCCAUUAAGGAACGAAUUUUUCAAGUUGAAAAUUUGAAGGAGGGUUUAUUUUAUGAGUUUAACAUCCAAGCUGGGAAUCUGGCUGGUGUGGGACUGCCCUCAGAGCCCAGCGCUCCCUUUCAUUGUGUGGCCUGGGACAUGUCAGAACCAGGUCCACCCCAUGAUCUGUCCUUCUUGGAGGUCAGGAACAACUCUUUGCUCAUUCAGUGGAAAGCUCCAGUGUACUCAGGUGAAAGUGCAGUAACUGGUUACUUUGUGGAUGUAUCGAAGAAGGCUCAUAGUGAGUGGACCACAGUGAAUGAAGCUGCUGUCAAGCACCAUUACCUGAAGGUGUCUGGUCUGGAGAAAGGUGAAACCUAUGUUUUCCGUGUGCGUGCAGUCAAUGCACAAGGAGUUGGAAAGGCCUCUGAUGACUCUGAACCAGUCUGUCUCAAGGCACUGCCAGGUACCAAGGAGAUUCACUGUGGAGUGGACGAAGAGACAGGAGAUAUUUUCAUGUCAUUUGAAGCCUGUGAAAUGAGUGAGAUUUCACAGUUUAUCUGGUCAAAGUCCUAUAAAGAAAUCACUGAGUCCCCUCGAGUCAAAAUUGAAACAAAAGGCAAAUGCUCUAAGCUUACUUUCACCAGUCCUGACAAAGAUGAUCUGGGGACGUUCUCUGUUGCUGUAACUGACACUGAUGGUGUCUCAGCCAGCCAUGUCUUAAAUGAGGAAGACCUGGCAAAAAUGCUUGAACUCAGCUAUGCAAUCAGACAUCCAAUUGUUCCUUUGAAGACAGGGCUGGCCUACGAGAUCCUGGAGAGAGGUCGAGUGCGUUUCUGGGUUCAGGCUCAGAAGCUGUCCUCUGCUGUCUCCUACAGAUUUAUUGUCAAUGACAAAGAGGUCACCAGUAGUGAGAGCCACAAGAUCAGUCACAAUGUCUCCACUGGCAUUAUUGAGAUGGUGGUGGAUCGUUUCACAAAAGAGAAUGAGGGAACUUACACUGUUCAGAUCCAUGAUGGAAAAGCCAAGAACCAGUCCUCCCUGGUCCUUGUCGGAGAUGCAUUCAAGGCAGCACUAAAGGAAGCUGAAUUCCAAAGGAAAGAGUACAUAAGGAAACAAGGUCCUCACUUCCAAGAAUAUAUUUCUUUCUAUGUGGAAGAAGACUGUACUGUGAUGUUGGUCUGUAAGGUUGCCAAUGUGAAGAAAGAGACUACGUUCCACUGGUAUAAGGAUGAUGAAGAAAUUGUUCUUGAAGUGGAACCGAAACCAAUGUCUGGAACCUGCAGUCUUCCUAUCCCCCUGUUCUCCAGGAAAGACCAGGGUAUUUACAAAGCUACACUUGGUGAUGACAGAGGAAAAGAUGUAUCUAUUUUUGACAUUUCAGGCCAAGUGUUUGAAGAUAUCAUCAAUGCCAUUGCCCAUAUUGCGGGAUCCUCUGCAUCUGAACUUAAGCUUCAGUGCACACCAGAGGGUAUCCGACUGCAGUGCUACAUGAAGUACUACACAGAAGAAAUGAGAACUCAUUGGUUCCACAAGGAAAGCAAGAUCUCUUCAUCUGAGAAGUUGAGGAUUGGGGGCACCUCGGAGAUGGCCUGGAUGCAGAUCUGUGAGCCCACUGAUAAAGACAAGGGUCAUUAUGCCAUUGAGAUCCUGGAUGCCAAAAUGUCCCACACUCGCACCUUUGAUCUUUCUGGACAAGCGUAUACUGAGGCCUAUGCAGAAUUCCAGAGACUUAAGGCCGCAGCAUUUGCAGAAAAGAACCGUGGCAGAGUGGUUGGUGGUCUGCCCGAUGUGGUUACUAUUAUGGAAAAGAAGACCCUGAGCCUGACCUGUACAGUUUGGGGUGACCCCAGCCCUGAGGUGACCUGGUUCAAAAAUGAACAAGAAGUGGCAUCUGAUGACCACAACUUGAUUUCAUUUGAAUCGGGCAAGUUUGCCAGUCUUACGAUCAAGUCUGUGACCUCGGAGGACUCCGGAAAGUAUAGCAUUAAUGUUCGGAACAAAUAUGGCGGCGAGUUUGUGGAGAUCACUGUAAGUGUCUACAGGCAGGGCGAGGAUAUCCCAGAGCCCAAACUUGGACAGAUGAGCAGGACAGCUGCAGCCCCCAAAUCCCCAGCCCCUCCACCCCAAGCUGCCAAGUCUCCGAUCCCCUCCAGAGCAAAGUCUCCCACCCCACCUGUUGGUGCAAAGUCACCAACUCCCCCAACUGGUGCUAAAUCACCCACUCCACCUGUCAGAGCAAAAUCCCCCAGCCCCUCCAAAUCACCCACCCCACCCAGAAUUCUGAAGUCACCUACCCCCCCUAGAAAAAAGUAAAUGCAUAUUUAAAUGUGUGAGAACACAAGCAACAAACAAAAGAAUUUAUAGCAUGAGUUUGAACACAAAAAUUAUUAAACAAAUGGUAGUAUCUGUCAUUUUUCACAAAGGAAGCACUGCCACUUUCUUUGACCUGAUUUACAGCAUGAGAAGAGAAAAAGAAAAUCAACAUUUUGUUUAAUGCAGCAUUGUGUUACUGGCACCAGUAAAAAAACACCUAUUUAAAAAAAUUAUGGCUUCCAAAAAUCAGACUUAUAAUGAAUCUGACUCCCCCUCCACUGAAGAACUUUGGUGAAAAAUGAAUGAGUUUAUUAUUAGUUUAUGACAUAUAUUUUAGAAGCUAUACCAUCAGUUAACCAAUUAAGUCUUAAGGCAUUCAUUUUCCAUCUAAAUGGACCCCACUGCACCCUAGAGCAGGUACAGCUUGCCCUGUCACUGAUCCAAAUAUGUCAUAUUUCACGCUUGUUCUGUUAUGCCCCCUUCUUGCUGUGUGUUAAUAAAAGCCUUAGAAUUCA